CGGCCUUCAUAAAAGUGUACAAAGCAACUGGGCUAAUACAUCAGAGAAUAUUCCUGAAAGGAGCUCGUCCAGAUCCAGUUAAAGAAAGUUAAAGAAUUCACGCAAAUCCAAGAAGUUUACAAUGCAUCCUUUUACUUAUGCCAUAUCCGUGGACUUCGAGGCCACCUGCUGGGAAAAUCAACCGGCUCAACAAUUUAGAUUGUCGGAGAUAAUUGAGUUCCCAGCCAAUUUGGUCAAUCUGAAAACGGGAAUGGUCGAGGCGGAGUUUCACAAGUACGUGAUGCCCGUGGAGUCGCCGCAACUGAGCGAAUACUGUACCAGUCUGACGGGCAUUCAGCAGAAGACUGUGGAGGCGGGAGUGCCACUGCAGACGGCACUCAAUUCCUUUAUCGAAUGGCUGAAGAAGGAAUUGAGCGCCCGCAACCUGGUGCUACCAAAGAUGAGUAUGACCAAUCCACAGGGAAACUGUUUCUUCGUCACCUGGACGAACUGGGACUUUGGAAUCUGUCUGGCCAAGGAGUGCGCACGCAAGAAUAUACGUAAACCAACCUGCUUCAAUCAGUGGAUAGACGCGAGGGCCAUCUACAAGAAGUGGUACAAGUAUUGUCCCUUCAGCUUCAACAAUGCCCUGGAACAUGUGAGGCUGACCUUCCAGGGACGUGCUCACUCCGGCAUGCAUGAUGCCAAGAAUCUGGGCAGUCUCAUUUGCAAGAUGUUUCGUGAUGGAGCCCCCUUUUCGAUCACCAAGGAUCUGACACCACAUAAGGAGCUCAACGAGAACCGUGGCUUCUGAGCUUAAGCGGUCAGCCAUCAGCCAUUAGCCAUCCCAGCCAGAGCCAAAGCCCCCCAGCCAGAGCAUAAUAAUCCAUUUGUUUUUUGGACUAUGUUUAAUAUUCAACGCCACAGUAACCCAAGGACACUAAUGCUGACUGAGAGAUGGGCCCAAUUUAAACACAAAUAAAUAACGACUUGACAUUUGAAGUGCAUCGCCAUCGCAGCAAAGCCCCAGCACCUGCAUCUGGAUAUCAAAAGCCAGCAAGAAAACCACAACACUAAAAAUCCACUCAUUCUAUUGGGUGUAGAGAAUGAUUAUGAGUUUUGCAUAAUCUGAACACAAAUAAAUUAAAUUGAUGUGCAACGCAAUGACAGCCGAUCGCCUGCCAGCAGCCAUUAGCCAUCCCACCAAAGCAGAAUGAGCCAGAACACAAAAAAAGCCAUUUAUAUAUUUGAUUAUAUUUAAUACACUACAAUUCUGAAACCACA